AUGGAACCGGUGUAUGAAAAGUUUAUACAGAAUUCAGAUACAGAGUUUGACGAGUUUCACGCUGCCAUGCUUGGUGUUUGCAGGAUUACCACAUUAAAGCAUCUAUUUCUUACCUCUAACACAAUCGUAUCCAGCGCAUUAAAUGCUGCUAUGCCCGGUAAACACUACAAUGUGCCCGGACUGGAGGAAGUAAAGGAAUUUCACAGUACAUGGAACAACUUACCGACUCAAAAAAAAAAGAGGGAGCAAUUCAUCCAGUUUGUGAAGGAUAAUGUGAGAGUUAACCAGGCUGAUACCGCUACCUUGUUGACAGGAGUACUGGCGCCUCCAGGGGCCAUGGCUGCUAAAAAAGCUGGGGAGAGUCUUCCCCAGCUGAAAAUGAUCAAGAACGUCCCGGACAUCCUCUUCGUGCCGACGGCAACAGUAGUAGCACUCAUUACUGUAAGGUUCUCCAAAAGACUUUUCAUGCGAAGCUAG